AUGGACUACAUCAUUUCGGCGCCAGGCAAAGUGAUUCUAUUUGGUGAACAUGCCGCUGUGUUUGGUAAGCCUGCGAUUGCAGCAGCCAUCGACUUGCGAACAUACCUGCUUGUCGAAACCACAACAUCCGACACCCCGACAGUCACGUUGGAGUUUCCAGACAUCCACUUGAACUUCAAGGUCCAGGUGGACAAGCUGGCAUCUCUCACAGCCCAGACCAAGGCCGACCAUCUCAAUUGGUCGACUCCCAAAACUCUGGAUAAGCACAUUUUCGACAGCUUGUCUAGCUUGGCGCUUCUGGAAGAACCUGGGCUCACUAAGGUCCAGCAGGCCGCUGUUGUGUCGUUCUUGUACCUCUACAUCCACCUAUGUCCCCCUUCUGUGUGCGAAGAUUCAUCAAACUGGGUAGUUCGAUCAACGCUGCCUAUCGGCGCGGGCCUGGGCUCUUCCGCAUCCAUUUGUGUCUGUUUGGCUGCAGGUCUUCUGGUUCUCAACGGCCAGCUGAGCAUUGACCAGGCAAGAGAUUUCAAGUCCCUGACCGAGAAGCAGCUGUCUCUGGUGGACGACUGGUCCUUCGUCGGUGAAAUGUGCAUUCACGGCAACCCGUCGGGCAUCGACAAUGCUGUGGCUACUCAGGGAGGUGCUCUGUUGUUCCAGCGACCUAACAACCGAGUCCCUCUUGUUGACAUUCCCGAGAUGAAGCUGCUGCUUACCAAUACGAAGCAUCCUCGAUCUACCGCAGACCUGGUUGGUGGAGUCGGAGUUCUCACUAAAGAGUUUGGCUCCAUCAUGGAUCCCAUCAUGACUUCAGUAGGCGAGAUUUCCAACCAGGCCAUGGAGAUCAUUUCUAGAGGCAAGAAGAUGGUGGACCAGUCUAACCUUGAGAUUGAGCAGGGUAUCUUGCCUCAACCCACCUCUGAGGAUGCCUGCAACGUGAUGGAAGAUGGAGCUACUCUUCAAAAGUUGAGAGAUAUCGGUUCGGAAAUGCAGCAUCUAGUGAGAAUCAAUCACGGCCUGCUUAUCGCUAUGGGUGUUUCCCACCCGAAGCUCGAAAUCAUUCGAACUGCCUCCAUUGUCCACAACCUGGGUGAGACCAAGCUCACUGGUGCUGGAGGAGGAGGUUGCGCCAUCACUCUAGUCACUUCUAAAGACAAGACUGCGACCCAGCUGGAGGAAAAUGUCAUUGCUUUCACAGAGGAGAUGGCUACCCAUGGCUUCGAGGUGCACGAGACUACUAUUGGUGCCAGAGGAGUUGGUAUGUGCAUUGACCAUCCCUCUCUCAAGACUGUUGAAGCCUUCAAGAAGGUGGAGCGGGCGGAUCUCAAAAACAUCGGUCCCUGGACCCAUUAG